AUGGGUGCCCAGGCAUUUGCUAUUCACCCACGCGUGGCCGAUGACAAAGGUGCCGACAACACGGCCUCGGAAGAAACACUCUGGCCACCCCCAAAAGCCACUCGGACAACCUCCAGACCCAGUGAUGAGAUCCAGCCAAGUGGUGGUGUAUCGUCUGACCCUGCCAUCGAGACUGAGAAGUCUGGCACUCGAUUGCCAAUGACCAUCAAAACAGAUUCAGGCAAAACAAUCACUAUUCCCAACAAUGAGGUUGUCACGAUCACGAAACAUACCCUCAUCAUCACCGACAAGCCUCCGCCAUUGAGCACCGAGACAAGUUCAACCAGCUUCAUAUCUCCAGACUCGAGUAGCGAAAGCUUUGCCCUUACGCCCUCACCUACACAGAGCAAUGCAACGGAUAGCUCUUUAGGAAACAAUGAUGGGCCGCCGCUUUCAACUGGGGGACUCGUUGGCAUCGGUGUCGCAGGCGCUGCCUUCAUAGCCGUGGUUAUUGCAUUAACCUUCAUGCUAAAGCGCCGUCACAAGAAAGCUGUUGAGAAUAACGACAAGGUCGAUUACAAUGCAGAGUAUGGCAGAGACGACCUCCUUGCGGAAAAGUACCUGCCCCAGCGUGGGUCGCUACAAACAACCGGAACACCAGGCAAUGAGGAUCCGUUCGCGCCAUUUGGAGGCCGUGUUGACAGGCCCGAGUCUGAUUAUCCAAUUGCACCGAACAGCAACACCUUCGAGAUGGACGGAACCAGCAUCGCCCCAUGCGAGCUUCCGGAUACAAGCCCAUCAGCUUGCAAGCGGGACCGCCCAGGUGACAGGCUUCCAAUAGACAUUGAAAGAGCAAAUGCCCCUGCAAGGGCGAUUGACCCAUCCGCGAACUUGAACCAGCUUGGACAAGAAGGGGGUAAACCAAGAUACAUCAACCACUGGAAUCAGUACAAAGCAAUGAGCGCAGAGUGA